GCACAAAAACAGACAGCUUUGGAAAGAAAAUUGCUCCCUUAAUGAAUGGGAAUUACAGAGAAUUUAAUUAAUUAAUCAUAUUAGAUAUUGGAUUGAUUCUCCAUAGACCAUCCCACAUGUUGGUCUCAUUCAAUUCGUAACAGUCUUUGGAAUAGAAACCCUUUGCUAGACUGCUGGCUCUCUUUAGCAGAAGUGAUGAACCAUCUGUAUUUGUACUAUCUGCUGGGAGUGAUGAAUUUCCGUUACGAUAAAGCGAAAGAAUCGUUUACCAGCAGCAAGACGAUGACCGCACUCAAAGUGGUGCUUCAUAUAGUUAUUCCAAAUUCGGUGCUGUUGGUAAUUUCGCUCAUAGGAACAACGGGUAUACUACUUACCAUACCGUCCGUACAGGUGGUAGCGUUUGCCAUGCGCGUCCUCUGGACGCUGCUGACGAUGAACAUUACCAUACUGCUGAACUAUUACUUUACCGGUACAAAGCAAUGUGCACUGCUAACCGAAUGUGUGGCAUGCUUACGAGAAGCGAAAAGCGAAAGUGCAGCUGAAGGUGCUCAAAACAGUCCAUUUCGUGGUUCAAAGGUCGUGCUGGGCGUGUUCCUGCUGCACUACAUCAACUACGAGCUAAACCAGUACACGUACGUGCUGCUGUACGAUGAAAAGUGGCCCGAGCUUAUGUUCUACAUCAUCUUUUACUACCUGGAGAUGGUAACGGUCAUGAAUGCACUGUACUUUUCCACCGUGCUCGAUAUCGUGCAUCGAACGGGGCAGCUGGAUAGCGAUCGGCUGUCCAGGUGUUUGCAACGAAACGCCACGAGCGAGCCGUCCGAGCUUGAUGAUCCGUACUGGUGGCGUACGAUCGAACAUUUUUAUCAUCGUGUGCUGACGCUACAUCGAAGACGGGCGAAAUAUUGCCGUGCGUUUCAGCUGCAGCUGGUGGCGAUUGCACUGAACACGUUCAUUGCUUCGUUUGUGAUAUUUUACGUCAAUUUGAACAUAAUCUUGAUGCAUACGCACGAUAACUGGCUGGAAAAGUACAAGCGGGUGACGGAGUGUUUGGGAUUCUUUCCGCAGCUGUGUGCACUGCUGCUGAUUUGUCGCAAUGCUGAUAGGGUUGAGAGUGAGGUAAGGCUUAACGUUUUCUUCUGUGUACCGGCGUGAAAGACGGGAACUGCUUUGCAUUUCAGCAACGGUGCUUAAUGCGCCUGGUUAUUCAAGCUCAAUCGAAGCUGACGAAAAGUGUAGCAAAUAUGGUACGGAGAGAGAGGAUCUCUUACCUAAGAAUGCAAUUCUAAUCAUGGUUCUUGAUUGUUUCAGCAACGUGGAGAUGCUUUGAAUGGCAGAAUGGUUCUUCUUCAAAGUCAGAUGAAAAUGGCACCAUACAAUCUGUUUGAUUUUGACCUUCAGUACUUCUUUGGAAUCGUGGCAGCGAUUGUUACCUAUCUGGUGGUAUUGCUGCAGUUUCGAACAAUCGAGUACAGCUGAAGUGUGGAAACAAUAAAGCUCCUUCCGUUCAAUGUACA